UGUUUUGCAUAUCUGUGCUGCCAUUACGUUGUUCGCUAGCUUGCCUUGGGUGUGUUUCUCUGGCUGCUCUAUUAAUGAUAUGAAAAUAAAAGUUGAAAUGCAGAGAACAUUCUCUUUGCAAAGGUGAGGUUUUGCAUUGUGUGGAAUGAGCAAAAGUGCAGCCACCGGCACAAGCACACUCUUCUUUUUGUAGGUGCUUCUGCCUUGAAAUGGGAGAUCCUGGAGAAUCUCUUGAAGAUGCCCUCUUGUUCUCCUUGGAUGAUCUUCGUGAGGAUAACUUCAAGAGGUUCAAGAACAAAUUGUGCUUCCUGAACAUAGAAGGGAGGCCCCGGAUCCCUCGGGGCAAGCUGGAGAAUGCUGACACUGUGGACAUUGUCCACCUUCUGCUGGAGUUCUAUGGUGAGGACGGGGCCAGAGAAGUCACCGUUGAAGUUCUCAAGAUGAUCAACAUGCGGGAUUCUGCUACCAAACUCCAGAAGUGGAAAUGUAGCGAUCGCAGGAAGAAAUACAAACGGCACAUCCAAGAUAAGUUCUGGUACAUCCGAUUGGGUUCCCACCUUGGCCUGAAACUGAGCUUCCACGAAAGAUACACAGAGCUGCUUCUCAGCUGCAGCAAACCCCAUCCUGAAGAAAGAGUCCAUGAACUGGUGGCUGCAGAGAGGAAGCACUGGGAGAUGGAGGCUCAUCCAGGCAGCUGUCCAAAAUUUGGCCUGGAGAAACUGUUUGAUCCAGAUGCCGAAGGGAAAAGCUCGAAAACAGUUGUGUUGGUUGGGCCUGCUGGGGUGGGCAAAACCACAUCUCUGUGGAAGUUAAUGCUGGAUUGGGCCUCAGGCAAAUUCUGGCAGGCCAAGUUUGCCUAUGUCUUUUAUGUCUCCUGUAGAGCGUUUAUGGAUAGCAACCAAACCAUGAGUCUGGUUGAUCUGAUAGUCAACAGCUGCUUUCCAGGAGCUCUCCUAGCCGAAGAUAUCUUGAUGAACCAAGACAACCUCCUCCUCAUCCUUGAUGGAUUUGAUGAACUUAAGCACUGUGAUCUUCCAAGUGAAGUGCCCAGUAGUGACUUGCAUAAAAAGCAGCCUAUAACAUGCUUGUUGAUCGGUCUACUUAGGAAAAAACUCCUUGCCAAAUGCCAUCUCCUUGUGGCCACGAGGCCUGGGUCCCUGGGGUCCCUCCUGCAGUAUCUGAGAUCGCCACGGUGUGUGGAAGUGCUGGGAUUUCAUCCAGCUCAGAGGAAGGAAUAUUUCCAGCGUUUCUUUGAGGACAAAGAAGAUGGCACUCAAGCUUUUGAACUUGUAAGAAGCAAUGAAACUCUUUUUAGUAUGUGUUUCCUUCCUGUUUCGUGUUUGAUUAUUUGCUCAAUCUUCAGUCAGAAAUCCCAAAGGGAUCCCCUUAAAGAUAUCCCAGACAGUGCAACGGUCACAGAUAUUCAUUCCUGGCUCCUCUGGAAGUUCCUGGGGUGUCAUUCCACGCUGACCAAUCUGGAAGGCCUGUGCCGCUUAGCCAAGGAUGGGCUGAUCCAUAAGACAAUCAUCUUUGAGGAAGAAGUGCUCAGAGAACAUGGCUUGGAAAAUCUUUCUGCAAGUUCAGGCCUUCUCCUUCAAGAUGCCCACAUAGCAACCAAAUACAGGUUCAUCUACCUAAGUUUCCAGGAGUUCUUUGCUGCCUUGUCUUUCUAUCUUCUUGACUCAGAUGGGAACACCAUAACAUCUUUCCAAGAUCUGAAUGAAGUAUUUGGAAAUAAGAAUAAAUACAGCAGUGACUGCCUCAUGCUUGUCCGUUUCCUUUUUGGCCUCUCCAGUGAGAAGAGGCUGAAUGUCCUCCAAGAAAGAUGGGGUUGCAAGGCAUCCGGGAAAAGACAUUGGCAGGAAUUGUGCAGAUGGAUGGAGCAGGAAGCUGAACAUCAUUCCUUUAAGAGCAGAGAGAAGCUGCUUGAACUGUGCCAUUGCCUCUAUGAGACAGAGGACCUCCAGUUUGCUAAGAGCAUCAUGGAGCAUGUUCAUGAUCUAGACCUCAAGGACCAGCUCUCCACCAAGCUGGAUUUUGCAGCUGUCUCCUUCUGUUUACUAGCUUCUGAUUCUCUCCAGUCACUUCGUCUCUCUGACUUUGAGUUGUGGCCUGAUGCAUUUGGACAACUCUUACCAGGACUAUUGAAGCCUUCUGAGAUCCAGCUGAACCGUUGUGGACUGACAGCUGCCAUGUGCAAAGAUCUUGCUUCCAUUGUAGUGGCCAACUCGAAUCUUACCAGUUUAGAUCUGUCUGAAAACCCACUGGAGGACUUUGGCAUAAUCCAGUUAUGUGAUGGACUACGCAAUCCACACUGUAAACUACAGAGUCUCUGGUUGCACAGCUGCCAUCUCACGGCUGCUGCAUGUGAGUCCCUUUCUUUGGUCCUGGCAUCUAACCAGUGCCUUACGGAGCUUAAUCUUCAAGACAACCACUUGGGGGAUGGAGGAAUGCAGAAGCUAUGUGUGGGGCUGAAGCAACCACAGUCCAGGCUACAAAGCCUCACGUUGCACCUCUGCGGUCUCACAGCUGCGGCUUGCACAGAUUUGGCCUCCGUCCUGGAAACCAGUCAGACUCUGACGGAGCUUGGCCUGGGGGACAAUAAUUUGGGCAAUGAAGGCGUCAGGCAGUUGUGUGUUGUGUUGAAGAAGCCACACUGUAAACUUCGGAAACUGGCAGUGACAAUGCGACCUCUAAACCGAAUCACAAGGACAAGGCUUCAGACAGCUGCUUCCAUGCAUCCUGAGAUGACUGUGACUGCCUAUUAUUCACCCAGCUACCUGCCUCCUCCAGGUGAAGAGUAAAGAGCAUGUUCUCACAUUCUCAGUUUAACAUUCCAGCAUCCAAAAUGAUGUCUCACAGAGGGGAAACCACCUGCCAUGGAUGAAGAAUUAGCUUACUUGCUGUUCACCGCUAUGAUCUUUGGAAUAGCGGUAUAUAAAUAAAACAAAUUAUUAUUAUUA